AUGGCCGACGCAGAGCCGCGCAAGCGUUCGCGCUUUGAUCAGAAGGAGCCGGAGCCCAAGAGAGCUUCGCGAUUCGACCGCCGCUCGCGCUCCCCUCCGAACCGAACCUCAGAGACGAGAGAGCGCAGUCCGCUAGGCAACAGCGAGAGCGCCGCCGACCCAGCCGCAGCCGCUGCUGCGGCCGCCGCGAAAAUCAACGCGCAGCUCCAGGCCCGCAAGGGCAUCCAACACGUCGACGUUCCGCCCAUCCAAGGCGCCGUGCACAAUGGCACCCCCGAGGCCAGCUCGACGGCUCCCGAAGCAGGCAAAGGCGCGCCUGGUGCGCCCGGCGAGAUGUAUGUGUCGGACGGCGACUACAUACAGGACAUCGAGGUCAACGACUUGCGAAACCGCUACAUGCUCAUGAAGGCUCAGACGCAGCAAUCGAUUCAAAAAGAUACCGGAGCUGAUCUUACCGUUCGGGGCAAAUACUAUCCUAACAAGAGUAUGGCUACUGCUGCUGAACCUCCUCUCUACCUUCACAUUACCGCCAGAACAAAAGAAGUUCUAGAAGCUGCCGUUGCCAAGGUCAAUGAGCUGAUUGAGCAGGAGCUUCCCCAGCUUGUCGAUGAGCGCCGAUUCAAGCGCCGCGACAGGGAACCGGAGGCCGAGGAAACUGGUCGACGCAAUAAAUGGCCCGAAGAGAGCAUUCCCGUUGGUCUGGAGCCGGUCCCCGGCUUCAACCUUCGAGCCCAAAUAGUGGGUGCGGGCGGCUCUUAUGUUAAACACAUCCAGCAAGAAACAGGAUGCCGUGUUCAGAUCAAAGGUCGCGGUUCAGGAUACAUUGAACGAGACACUAACCAGGAGAGUGACGAUGAAAUGUUUCUCCACGUUGCCGGCCCUGAUUUGGCCAUGGUAGAAAAGGCCAAAGAACUCUGCCAAGACUUGAUCGAAAACGUCCGUGAGCAGUACGAAGAGUUCAGGAGCCGUCCGCCACGCCAACACGGCGACCGCGGCGGCUACGGCGGCGGCGACCGUGGCUACGGCGGCGACCGACGAGGCGGCUACAAUGACCGCGGCGGCGACCACUACAGCGGCCGUGGCGGCGGCGGUGGUGACUCGUACUCGAGCUAUGGCAGACAAGGCUCGGAUAGCGGCUCUAGAACCGCCGCUGCCGGCUCGGAUAGCCCGGCCAAUGCUGACUAUAACGCGCAGUAUGCGCAAUACUACGCUCAGGCGGCUGCUAACGGUCAAGAUCCAUACGCCGCGUACGGCGGCUACGCCAACUACGUCGCCAUAUACCAGCAGUACUACGCUCAGUAUCAACAAGGCCAAGCCGGCGCUGCUCAAUCGCCAGGACAGGCUCCUGGUGCGUCGGCAUCACCCCCGCCACCCCCAAGUGACUCGGCGCCUCCGCCGCCUCCUCCUUCGGAUUCUGCCCCUCCACCGCCGCCUGGCGCUUCCGGUGGCUACAGUGCUGUUCCUCCUCCACCUGGUCUGUAA